AUGGACGCAAAAUCAAUAGCAACUCUUCAGCUUCGAAUCAUCAAGCUCAAGACAGAUUGCUGUGAAUGGAAGGGAGUGUUUUGCGACAACCAAACUGGCCAUGUCAUCAAGCUCCAUCUUCCUGGUGAUUUUCCAAUGUUCCCCUUGAAAGGUGAGAUCGAUGCAUCAUUGGUGGAGUUACAAUACUUGAUGUAUUUGAACCUUAGUUCCAAUUAUUUUGAAGAUAGCUCCAUCCCUGAAUUCCUUGGCUCUCUAACACACUUAAGAUACCUUGAUCUCCACAAUUGCGGUUUAAAUGGAGGAAAUAUUCCAAGUCAACUUGGGCUCCUUUCACAUUUACAAUAUCUCAACCUCUCAGGGAACUCGGCUCGAGGAGCAAUACCUUAUCAGCUUGGAAAUCUCUCGCAAUUGAGGUAUCUUGAUCUCUCACGCAAUUACCCUCUUGGAGGAGCAAUACCUCAUCAACUUGGAAAUCUCGUGCACCUGCAGCAUAUUGAUCUUUCGUCAAAUGAUCUUGCAGGAUCAAUACCUCAUCAACUUGGAAAUCUCUCACAAUUGCGGUAUCUUGAUCUCUCAUAUACUACUCAGAGCGGAACAAUGCCUCGUCAACUUGGGAACCUUACAAACUUGCAAAAUCUUCUUCUAAAUGGCCAAGGCAUUCUCGAGAUUGAUCAAGAAAAUGGUGCUGGACUUGAGUGGCUGUCUAGUCUCACUUCUUUGACCCGUCUAGAGCUGCAAGAUGUAAUUGAUCUCAAAUAUUCUUACAGGUGGUUGCAAAUGAUUGCAAAGCUGUCCAACUUGAAAGAGCUAGCUAUAACCAAUUAUCUUUCAGAUAAGCAUAUCCUCUCCUUACCCUCUUUAAAAUUCAAUUCCCCUUCUUCUCUUUCUAAAUUGGAUUUCAAGGAGAAUAAUUUCAAGUCAUCUGCAGUAUUCCAUUGGAUCUUAAACAUCAGCCCCAACCUUUUUAAUCUUAGUCUUCAGUCGAACCAGCUAGAGGGUCCCAUCCCUUUUGAAUUUGCUAGUAUGAUGAAUUCUCUGGAGAAUCUAGACCUUGGGUAUAAUCAACUUAAGGGUGGAUUUAAAUUCUUAGGGCAUACAUGUACCUUACGUUCUUUAUCCCUAUGGGAUAAUCUUUUGAGUGAAGAACUUUCAACAAUUCUUGAAACAUUUUCUAGUUGUGCCCGGUGUUCUUUGGAAUACUUGGACUUGAGCUAUAAUGAAAUCACCGGCACACUAGUAAACCUUUCCACAUUCUCAUCUUUGAAGAAUUUUGAUAUUUCAUAUAACCUGUUGAAUGGGACAAUACCCAAUGAUUACCGAUUUCCGUCAUCACUAGUGUCUUUGGAUAUUAGUUCCAACUCCUUAAAAGGCAUUCUCACAAACUCAAAUCUUGUCAAUUUGCAUAACUUGAAAGUUUUAGAUCUAUCUGAUAACUCAUUGACUUUGAGAUUUAGUCAUGAUUGGGUCCCACCAUUUCAAUUAGAAGCCAUCUAUGUGGGGUCAUGCGAGUUGGGUCCUCAUUUUCCGAAAUGGUUGCAGACUCGAAAUAAUUUUACAGAACUUGACAUUUCAAAUAAUGGAAUUUUUGGCACUAUUCCAGAGUGGUUUUGGGGUUUGUUGACACCACGGCUUAUAUACUUGAAUGUUUCAUGCAACAACAUUUCUGGUACAUUGCCAAAUCUUGCCAUUGAAUUUGGUGAAUACCCUCUUAUAUCUCUAGCUUCGAAUCACUUCGAAGGCUCACUUCCAAAAUUUCUACGAAAUACAAUGGUCCUUCAUGUGUCAAAUAAUAGUUUUUCAGAAUUUCACACAUUUUUGUGUGCAGAUGGGUCAAAUCAAAGAUUGGAGGUAUUAGACCUUGCUGAUAAUCACUUAUAUGGACAGCUUCCUAAUUGUUGGAGCCCUUUCAAAUCAUUGAUGUUUUUAGACUUGAGUAACAAUAAUUUCUCUGGAGAAUUUCCUAUUUCUGUUGGUUCCCUACAAGAUCUUGAAGCACUAAUCUUUGAGAAACAAUGGGUUUACCGAGGAGUUGCUCAUUACUUUGAGUAA